UGGUCAAGCCAGAGGUGCUACAGAAAGCCACCGUGGAGCUGCUGGACCAGGCACUGUGUGCCAGCCUGUACGGCAACUCGCUCACUGACAGGAUGUUGUGCGCCGGCUACCUGGACGGGAAGGUGGACUCUUGCCAGGGUGACUCGGGAGGACCCCUGGUGUGUGAGGAACCCUCCGGCAGGUUCUUUCUGGCCGGCAUUGUGAGCUGGGGGAUCGGCUGUGCAGAAGCGCGGCGUCCCGGGGUCUACGCCCGAGUCACCAGGCUGCGUGACUGGAUCCUGGAGGCCACCACCACAGCUAGCAUGACUCCGGCCCUCGUGGCGGCUCCUGCCCCCGCUGCCCCCAGCACGGCCUGGCCCACCAGUCCCCAGAGCUCCGUGGUCAACACCCCCACCAAAUCCACGCCGGCCCCCAGCACUGCGGCUCUUGACUGGGUCACCGUGCCAAAGCUGCAAGGUAUUUUCCGGGCGGAAAGGCAGAAGGUGACCUAGGCUCCUAUCUCGAUUUAGGGAGCUGAUGCCUUCAUAGAAUCUUCCUAAUUUUGAGUUUUCCUGUUCAAAGAGUCACGUUUAUUCAUUUUUCCCCAUCUUAUUUGGUAUGGCCCCCUCACGGUAUCUUUCGGUCCACAGGUCUUGCCCAUGUCUUGUUAACUAUGGCGAUUUAUCAAUGGAAUACUUUCAUGUGUUUUUUUUUUUUUUUUUUUAGAACAGAGCCUCACUCUGUCG